UCAUCUCAUUCUCUCUUUUCUCCUCUUCUCCUUUAUAUCUCUCUCUGUGACUCUCCUCCUCUCGCUCUAUCGAAGAGCCCUAAAUUGCUGCCUCCUCCAUCUCCAUCGCUUCCUUCUUUUCAAAAUCCCUUUCUUCUAGGUUAUCUCGAUCCUCACCACCUCUAAAGAUCACCCUAUUGCAGGAAGCGAAAUCAAGAAAGAAUCAAGUCAAUCUCCCCAAUUCUAACCCCCAUAAUCUGAGAGCUUCAACCGUUGUGUUGCCAUAUUCUAAGAAGCAUUGGAUAGUAGGGUGGCAUUGAUAGUUGUAUAGUCUCAAGAUGCCAAAGGAUAGAAGAGAUCGUUCUGUAUCUUUUGAUAGGUGCAAGGGAUCUCCAUACACAUGCAGCUCCAGUCGUAGCAGGCGUACUUCACCUAAAAUCCCUGCAGAAACUGGGGUGAACUUAAAGGAAUGGGAAGAGGCCAGGUGCCCUGUUUGUAUGGAACAUCCUCACAAUGCAGUUCUCCUUAUUUGUUCUUCCCAUGAGAAAGGCUGCCGUCCUUACAUGUGUGAUACAAGCUAUCGCCACUCAAAUUGUCUUGACCAGUUCCGCAAGUCAUUUACUGAGACCCCAUUAACAAAUUUACAACCAGAAGAGAAUAGUUUCACAGCCACAAACUCAACAACUGUUGGUAUAUCAGAACCAACUGUUACAGGGGAACAAAGUGAGGAAGGCCCCUUAUCUGCCGUUGCCAUUACUUGUGAGAAAAAAAUGCAACCAACAUUGGUGUGCCCCCUCUGUAGGGGGCAGAUAAAAGAUUGGACUGUGAUGGAGCCUGCUCGUCGAUUUAUGAAUGCAAAACCAAGAAGCUGUGCUUGUGAAACUUGCGAUUUUAGUGGCACAUAUUCAGAUCUCAGGAAACAUGCAAGGCUUGAACACCCACUUGUGCGACCAUCACAGGCUGAUCCAGAGCGGCAACAGAAUUGGAGAAUGCUAGAGCGCCAAAGGGACCUUGGGGACUUGAUCAGCACACUUCAUUCUUCAUUUGGAGAAGAGAGGGGUGAUGAUAACAUUUUACCAAUUGAUGAUGGUGGUUGGCUCACCGUAUUUUUUCUUAUAAGAGUGUUUCGGCCUGGGUCAAGUACAAGGAGUAGCAGCUGGUCUGGUACAUCAAGAGCGAGAGGACAGCUGAGUUUCAGAAGGAGAUCCACCAGGCUUUGGGGGGAGACUCAUGAUGGGGAAACUGGAUCAUCUUCCAGAGAUGAGGGCAAUGAUUCAUCAGAUGGUGGGUCAGGCACUUGGAGACAUAGUGAGCACAUUGGGCAGCAGCCGUCACCAGAUCAUUUAUGAUCGCCAAACUUUUUUCUAUCAGUUGAAUUGUUUAAUCAAAAUGCUCCAACUGUUGAACGGAAAGGAGUGGAGUUUCUUCGCUUGAGCAAGUGGAUUCUGUUCCAGUGAGUGUGGAACAGUAUUGAAUUUUAGUUGCUUGAAUGUUUAUCACAAGUGUGAGCAAAUUGUAAUUUGGAAGAAAAAGAAAAUGAAGUAAUUUAUAUUGACCAGUGGACAGCUGGUCUUUUGCUUUGCAUUUGUUGUUGCAGUUGUGUUGAAAUAUUUUUCCUUUGAACAAGUAUAGCUUGAAAUAAAUACGUAUAUGGUUGAUUUUUGGA